AAAUUUCGCGCGCAACAUCAAAAUACAGCCGAAGGCAAGGAAAGGCGGCCAAAGUUGCAGACGUACAGUCGUACUUUUAAUUUUUACCGAAGAUGGCAAGAACAAAGCAGACAAUGAGAAAUAACUCAAAAAAGAGUAAUUUUCAAAGGGCAACAUUUCAGCCAGCCCGCCAGAGAAAGCGCCCCAGAAAACCGAAAAGGGAGCCAUUAUGGAUGACAGAGAGAGAAGCGAGGUCCCCGUGGUUUUAUCGACAGUAUCAGUAUGAUCCAUGGAACAACUCAGAUUCAGAGUCCGACUCGGAAGGUGAAAUGGGACAUGAUGAUUUGGAUGAUGAAGUUUUAUUUGGGAGUCUCAGGGGAAACAUUGUUGGAAUUCGCUAUUACUCUGGAACUGUCAACAACAAUGAAAUGGUUGCCUUGGAGAGAGAACCACAUAACAAGUAUGACAGGAAUGCCAUCAAAGUGGUCAAUGUUGUACGUCAACAAGUCGGACAUAUCAAGCGGGAACUGGCCUCCGCUCUAGCUCCCAUCAUGGACAGUGGCUGGGUCAGACUUGAGGGAAUAGUUCCAUUUGGGAGCCAGAACCAGUUUAGCAUGCCGGUGGACAUCAGCCUGUGGGGUAAACCAGAACACAAGCAGGGCACCAUUACAAGACUAGAGCGGUCAGGCAUCCUGAUGAAGGUUGCCCCCGACCCCGUGGGUGGGGCUAUUGGGGGACCCAGCACCAGUAUGAUGUAUGGAGUGGUGUCCAACAAGAGAACUUUUCUAACACCAUCAGAGGUUAGAAAUGAACUUGACAAGUUGUUUGAGAGUCUUAAUGAGGGUGACAAAACUACUACAGUGGAACCUGCAGAGGCAAUAUCUAGUACAAUGUACAAGCACCAGAAGCAGGCUCUCCAUUGGAUGAUCAAGAGAGAGAACGGUGACCAGUUGCCGCCAUUCUGGGAGAACAAGAACGGACAGUACUUCAACUCGGUGACCAUCUUCACCACCAAGACAAAGCCAAGGAGUGUCUGUGGAGGAAUUCUUGCUGAUGACAUGGGUCUUGGGAAAACCCUCCAAACAAUUGCUCUGAUUUUGACCAACUUCAAGGAUGGAAAGCCUCUGGCUGUGCCAGUCCCAGGGAAAAUCCGACAGUCCAAGAUAUUACGAAUGCAACAGAAAGCUCAAAGAAUGGAGGAAUACAAGAGCAGUCCAUGUAAGUCUCGAAAGUCAUUUGUCAUCAAAGGAGACCCCAACGAGAUGAUUGAUGAAGGCAAGCCGUGUGUUGGACAGAAGAGGAAGACCCUGGGGAAACUACUGAGAUAUAACAACGCAGUGGACAACCUUUCCUCGGACGAGGAGGAAAUUGAGGACCUUGUGGAGGAAGAGGAGGAGGAAGAGGACUGUGAGGAUGUGAAUGAUGAUAAAAUCAUGUUGAAGAAAGAUGACCCUGAAUUCAAGCUCUCCAAAGACACGUUAAAACAGGAGAAAAUUGUCUCACCCAUUGCCAGUCGGAGACCAAGAAGGAGUGUAAAGAAACCCACAAGAUACACCUACAGCAGUGAUGAUGAGGACCAGGAGAGAGUCGGCAGUCCUAUGAAAAGAGUUAAGAUAGAUCAUGAAGAGAAAGAAAACUUGCAGAAGGUCUCUGUGCCAAGGAAAGGUCAUCAGAGGGGCAAAGGAAAAGGGAAACAACUCUGUAAGCCUGUGACACAGGCUUGUGAAGUGAACAAGCUGAUUGCUGACACUAUUGAGAUAGACUGUGCUAAUGUUGAUGAUGUGUGUAAGAGUCUACAGGAUCAGAGAACAGAAAAAGAGACCCUGGUCACUGAAAGAGGGGACAGUCUUGUGGAACCUAAACUUGACUCAGUCAGUUCAGAAAACAAAGACAGUGCAUGUAACACAGAACCAGUAGGAAUUGUAGGGAAUUUAGAAAGCACAGAUGUUGAACUUAUAGUGCAGAACAGUGAAAGUGAUGCUGUAUCUUGUCCUAAGUGGAUGACAGAAGGAGUGGGGUGUGGACAAGAGAUCCACAAGGGGCACAAGUUCUGCACCAUGUGUGGAUGGAAGAUCAACACCAAUAUCUUUAAAAAUGGUGCCAAAAUGUGUCACAACAAAAUGGAGGAACAAAAAUUUUGUGAAAAUAUUGUUUAUCCUCCCCAGAAGUUUUGUUCUAACUGUGGACACCGGCUGUCAUUUGGAGUGCAAGCGCCGGUUAAUGUUAGCAAUACAAAAGUGCAAUCCUCAUCAGGGGAGAUACUGACAGCAGAAGGAAAUAAACAAGAUGUGACAAAAGAGUCGAUAAGUGCAAUGGAAAACAGCAUGCCAAGUACAAGUUCAUCAAAUCUGAAUCCUUAUGCAAGACCAUUCAUACCUGGAGCUAAAGACAUAAUACCACCAAAACAGAUGACAUCUGCAACAGAUGACCUUCCUGAUCCAGCUCUACCCAGUCUCCCAGCAGAUAGUACAUCGUCGGGGCCGUGCACUGUGGAAGAACUCCCUGAUAUACCUGAUCCCUCUUGCUCUACGCCAGGCACCAGUAAAUGUGGGAAGUUUUCAGGACGAACACCAACAACGGGGGCCCGAGCCACACUGAUAGUAUGUCCUCUGUCAGUGAUGAGCAACUGGCUGGAUCAGUUAGAGGAGCACAUACAUGAGAACAUUCACCUGGACAUCUACACCUACUACGGCCCCAGCAGAAUCAGGGACCCCGCUGUACUGGCCAAGCAAGACGUGGUCCUCACCACAUACUCCACACUCUCCUUUGAUGCCAAGAAUGAUCAAGCUUUGCAGAAAGUGAAGUGGUUAAGGGUCGUUCUGGAUGAGGGCCAUGCCAUCAGGAACCCUAACGCUCAGCAAACCAAGGCCAUCUACUCCCUGCAGGCAGAGCGCAAGUGGGUGCUAACUGGAACGCCCAUCCAGAACUCCAUCAAGGAUCUGUGGUCGCUGGUCAACUUCCUGCAGAUCAGUCCCUUCACAGACAGACAAUGGUGGACCAGGGCCAUAGAACGGCCGCUAGAGCAGGGCAAUGAGAGUGCUAUCAAGCGUGUUCAGCAUUUGAUGGGUGCCAUCGCUAUGAGGAGAACAAAGAAACAGAUGGUUGAUGGGAAGCCUAUUGUAGAACUCCCUGAGAGGAAUGUUUUUGUAGAACAUGUUAAACUGUCAGAGGAAGAAAGGUCUCUGUACGACGCCAUGCAGAACGAAGGCAAAAUCAUUGUCAGCAGAUAUUUCCAGCAAGGCACUCUGCUUCAUCACUAUGGAGAUGUCCUUGCCAUUCUGAUGAGAUUAAGACAGAUGUGUUGUCAUCCACUCUUGGUUGCUAAGGCAGCGGCGGCCAUGAAAGACAUAAUGAAUGAAGCUGAGGCCAGUGGGGGUAUGAAUGACGCCCUGAGACAGAAGCUGGUGGACACCCUGAUGAUGGUGCUAAGCUCGGGCUCUGACGAGGAGUGUGCCAUCUGUCUGGACUCCCUGAAGCAGCCCAUCAUUACCUGUUGCGCCCAUGUCUUCUGUCGAGGCUGUAUCGAGGCCGUCAUAAAAAACGAAACGCCUACUGCCAGGUGUCCUCUGUGUCGGGGGGAUGUAUCCAUAGACUCUCUUACCGAGGUUCCGGCGGAACAAACUCGUCAGCCGAGCGUGGCUGAGGCCGCCACUGAGGGAGAGUGGAAGUCCAGCACCAAGGUGGAUGCUCUGAUGAAUGGAUUGGUCAAGCUGAGAGAGGAGAACCCUCGUAUCAAGAGUCUCGUCGUGUCUCAGUUCACAAGUCUACUCACUCUCCUUGAAAUUCCUCUCAAGGCUCUGGGUUUCCGCUUCGUGAGGUUGGACGGGACUAUGUCCAUGAAGCAGAGGCUGCGGUCAGUGGAGGAGUUCUCCAACCCCGCCCCGGGAUCCCCCACCAUUAUGCUGCUGUCCCUCAAGGCCGGCGGGGUGGGGAUCAAUCUGGUGGCUGCCUCCAGGGUUUUCCUGAUGGAUCCAGCUUGGAACCCUGCCUCUGAGGAGCAGUGCUUUGACAGGUGUCACCGCCUGGGACAGACCAAGGACGUUAUCAUCACCAAGUUUGUGGUCGAGGACUCGGUAGAAGAGAGGAUGAUGGCUCUACAAGACCAGAAAAGGAAGCUGAUGCAGGGAGCCUUUGGUCAGAAACAGACGGCGGACGAUAAACGGACCAACAGAAUCCGUGACAUCAAAACACUGAUGGAUCUGUGAGAUGUUGCCAGGAGGAUUGGGGAAGAAAGAUUGAUCCCGGGGCCCUACUGUCGAAUGAUAGAUAGGGGAGGAAUGUGGCAUAACUCUCAAUUGUGAAUUAAAAUUUUGUGUUGCUUAUUACCACUUCUAUGAGCAAAUUGUAUUCAAAUGCUUUGAUUCAUCUUUUGAGUUUACCAGUACAUAGACCGUUUUACAAAGUUACAUGAAGAUAUGACAAUAUUUUUUUUGUUUUAAUCCAGUGAAUUGUCUGUUACAGCUUUUUAUUAACUUUGAAGACAAAUUUAAAGAAAACAAAAGUUCAUUAAAGAUUUCAAUUUUUGAAAGAAUGAAGAACUUUUUUUUAAUAUUGAGCAAGGUCGUUGACUUUCCUUUACCAGUGCCUUUUUUAUAGAAUAGUUGCCUAUGAUUGCAUUAGUGCUGUUUAUUUUAUAUAUUGCUGGUUCAUAUUUUAGAUGCUUGAUUCUUUACUUAUAUAGCGCUAAGAGAUAUUGUCAGUUGGCUCAUGGGUUCCAUUCAAUCUUUUUAUUUUCCUCAAAACAGAUAUAUACCUCUAGGUUAAAUAUCUGUACAUACAAACUUGAAAACAUUCAUUUACAAAUCCACAAUGUUUUAUAGGAUAAAGACCAUUUUAAAAUAGCAUACAAAUUUGUUUGGCAAGCAGUAUAAAGUUGAGAUUUAUUUUUCUAUCCUGAAAAUAUCUAUAAGACACUCUCCAACAAAUUUUUUUUAGUUCUCAGUUAUCACUGUUUUUUCUAAUUCAUAAUUCAUAUUGAUUCGAUGUUUGUGCAAUAGGAUUAGAUAUAUGUACAUAACUCUUAAAACUUGAUAUGAAGUGGAGAACGUCUUGAGAUACCAGUGGAUAAUUUUCUAUUUGACACUGGUACAUCAUGUGGCAUAAAAUAUUGAAGAAAUUAAAACACUUAUUUUGGAGUGCCCAUAUACCCUGGUAUUUAGAAGUAUUUUAUAUCAAUUAAAUGACUGGGUUUUUUUUUCUUGAAAUUGAUGCUUUCAUGUCCCUAUAUUGGUCAUUUGAAAAAAAAAUUAAGAUGGUAGGAGAUAAGAUUAACUUGAAUCGGUUAAAUAAAAUAGAAUAC